CUGAGGGAUGCGUUUACUGCACGACGAAGCAUAAGCAUCAAGCCUGAGAAUUCAUCUAACUGAAAUUCAGUUUGAUUCGUCGGACCUUGAUCCUAUUUCAUUCAUUUGCUUCCCCUUCCUCGAAAUCUUCGGAACCCUAAUCGCUUAUCUCAUUUCUUGUAAAUCCCUAAUCAAGAGAGAUUUCUGGAAACCCUAAUUCGAUCCCGAGAUUGACAACGACAAUGGAAGACGAGAAACAAAUGCAGGAGGGGAAAUCAUCAUCCCCAGUUGAAGAAACCGAAACUGAGAAAUCGACAUCGGAAGACGCGGAGGCGCCACCGAAGAAUACCGGCGGUGGAUGGGGCUGGGGUUUUUCUGGCUUCUCUGUACUCUCGGAUCUUCAAAAAGCUGCGGAAGAUAUAUCUCGUAAUGCUGCAGCAGUGGCAGAGAAAGCAGCGAAAAACAUUGCAGAUAUGCAAGAAGCUGAUGAGGACUCGGAAUCUUCUGCCAAGGAAGAAGAGAAAACUGAAGAACCUGAUACGGAGCAGGAUAGUGAUGAUGAGAAUGAGAAGUUAAAGAAGUCAGCUCUCCAGAAACUAGAGGGUGCAAGUGAAGAGUCACUUCUUAGCCAGGCAAGUUUUGUUUCUUUUGUCAAUGUUCAUUGCAAUAAUGGUUUGAAGGUUUUCGAUGAUUCAGUUGAGAGUUUCACUUCUGGAGCUUGGCUGGCACUAGGAAAUGCGUUAAAAGGCGGAACUAAUUUGGUGCAAAAGCUUGAAAACAGUGUCCAGCAAGGUUCUUCGCCUAGGGAAGCUGGAUCUGGUGCACCGUCUCUAUUAGAGACGGGAAAAGCAUUAACUGCCAAAGGAAUGCAAGUUCUUGAGUUUGUGGGCAAGGAGACUAUGGAUUUACUGAUUACAGAGACUGGUCUUGGAAAUGAGAAGAGGGAUAAAGAUCAAAUCAUUGAGGAAGUAACAUUUGAUCGAUGCUUCUACAUUUAUGGUGGUCCUGAACAGCUUGAGGAAUUGGAAGCAUUGUCAAGCCACUAUACUCUGUUGUUCAACAGGAGAAAGGGGAAACUGUCACCAGAUGAGAAAAUGUUGUAUGACGGGAAGCUCAAACAGAUCCAGCAACUUUUCAGCUUCACUGAUGAAAUGAGUGGAAGCAAAGCAGACUCGGGCAAAGGGAAGAAGAUAGAUGUAGAAACUGAAGGCAAUGAUGAUGACAUGAAGAAUCUGCAUAACUCGAGUGUCAGCAAAGCUGCUGAUAUGGCUGCUGGGUUCACAAACGCUUUAACUGGAGUAAACAUAAACGAUAUGAUCCAGCGAACUGGUGGCAGGCUUGAAUCUCUUCACUCAGAAGGAGUUCACAGAGUUUCAGAGAUGUGCUGUUUCGCAGUCACUCACCUGCUUAUUCUCGGUAAGUCCAUGAUCUCCCACGCCAACAAAGUUCAGGAUGAAGACACCGAGGCUUUGAAAAUCGACUGGCCUGAGGAUCCUACUGAGAAAGCUAAGCUGAUCAGAGGCAAAGCAGAAUCAAUGGCUGGAUAUGUUGAAGCAGUUUCCAACAGUUUCAUAACAGGUAUAUCAGAUGUAUCUGAAACAUACUCAGCUGCGAUCAAAGGAGCUUCUGCUGAUGAUGAUGAAUCGAAAGACGAGCUUCUGAAAACAUCGACCAUGGAGGAAAAAGCGAACACCUUCAACGAUAGUCUUCGGUCUGACCAAACCACAGCUAUCACAAAGAUACAGGAAGGACUUCAGUACCUAUCCUAUGUCGUGAUAUCUACUUCAAUGCCCUCUGCUUGAUAUAAUAAUAAAAAUCAAGAUUGGUCUUAAUUUGUAGUUUUUUUUUUUUUUUAAACCAUGACUCAGAUUCGACUUUAGUUUUCUUUUGUAGAUAUAUCUGUUUCGCUACCUGCUCUUAUAGCAAGUUUCCCACUUUAGCUAUGGUUCUCUGUUGUUUGGAUCUUGACAGUUUGAUUAAAUCUUGAAACCAAAGAUUAGGAAUUGGAUUUUGUAUUUGUUAUUAGUUUAUUGUUGCUUCCAAAAUGUUUUGCUUAGAAA